AUGAAUAAAAACAAUAUAAUAUAUAAUAAUGAUAGUAGAGAUAUUAUUCCAAAUAUAAACACUUUACUAAACAGUGACUACUCAACAACAAACCCCAAUAUAUAUGAUCCUCAUUUCCCUCCAAAUAUUUUUUAUUCAAACAACAACAAUGAUGGUUAUAAUAAUAGUGGCAAAAACUCAACUUUACCAAAACUACCAAAUAAUAUUAAUAAAAUAAAUAAAUCAACUUUUUAUAAUACAAAUAGUUAUUCAACACCUUUUAAUAUACUUCCUAAACCAAUCAAUAUUAUUUCAAACUCAUACUAUGAUGAUAAAGAUAGUGAUAAUAUAAAUAAAAACAAUCUUAAUAAUAUAAAUAAUAUUAAUAACAAUGAUGAUAAUAAUACCAAUAGAAGAAUCAAUAGUUUAAAUAUAAACAACAUAAGCAAUACGAAUAAUAUAAAUACUAUAAAUAAUAUAAAUAAUAUAAAUAAUAUAAAUAAUAUAAAUAAUAUCGACAACAACAUAAAUAAUAUUAAACUUAAUAAAAUGAUAUGUUUUGAUAAUGAUAUUACGCCACCAAUAAAACCCUUCCCAGUUCAACUAUUCCCCCAACCACCCGGGGCAGAUCCAGCUUUUAUAAAUAGGAAUGAGACUAGAUUUACACCUUAUCCAUCAACAUCAACAACAACAACAACAACAAGUACAAGUACAAGUACAAGUACAAAACCAACCAAAUCUAAAUUUCAAACCAAACACACAAGAUAUUUAAGGAAUCACAAUAAAGAAACAGGUAUGUAUACUUGUAAAGCUCUAAAAAAUAACUCAAAUGAAGAAUGUGGUCAUAAAUAUCCCAAAGAAAAUAGCAUAAGAAAACAUAUAAUUAGUAAACACGAAUCACAAUUAGAAACUAUUUACCAGAAAAUAUUUGUUAGAAAGGAAUACAAUAACGAAGGAUAUUGCGAAGAAGAUAUGAAACUAUGUGAACAUAUUGGAUGUAUUACUAAAGUUUCAAGCUGGAAUUAUUCACAUCAUUAUAAAAAAACCCAUCACGUAGGUCGUCCAGAUGAAAAAUUAAAUUACAUUAGCAAUGAUUUUAUUCAUGAAAUAAAGAAUAUUGUAGUAGAGAUCUCAACAUAG